AUUUCACAAUUUUAAUACAACUCUAAAAUUCACGGGACAACAGAUUAAACUUUCUUCCUCUUGAUACAAUAAAAAGCAACGUCUUCAUCAAUGUACAAUUUUUAAAUAACUGGUCAAGACUCGCCGACGUCUGAUCUGAAUUUCUAAUUUGAGUCCUUACCUGGGUAGCUUCAGAUUCGGCAGCAUGAGUGAGCUUAACGGUGGCUGUUCUUGUGGUCGCAACAAAUACACAAUCCAAAUCCCACAAAACUCAGCAAAUGGCGCACAAGUCUUUUUUGAUAGCAGUAGUGUUCAUCGACGAUCACAAGCUGCUCCCCUCUCAGCAUGGCUUCGUGUGCCAUUAGCUUGGUAUCACUCAACGACGUACGCCUUUUUCGAUGAUGAAUCGCACAACAAAAUUCGACGAUCUUACACUCCUCCAUCCGAACAACAUGCAAAACGACAUUUCUGUGGCUUUUGUGGAACACCCCUCUCCUUUUGGACGGAAGAACCGGCAGACCAUGCAGAUUAUAUUUCGUUAACUUUGGGAUCAUUGGCCUCUUCGGAUCUGCGAGAUCUCGAAGAAUUAGGCCUACUUCCUAAAGAAGCACUCGAGGAUGCACAGAAUGAUAAACAAACUAUCGAGACUGUCAUACCACACUCUGAGAACGACGGCAGAGGAGAACAAGGCCUACCGUGGUUUGAGACAUUGGUUGAAGGAAGCCGACUGGGUAAAAUGAAAACAAGCAAAGGAAGAAGAACUGCCGACGAUGGUCAAAUCAAGGUAGAGUGGGAGAUUGUAGAGUGGACUGGUGAAGAAGACGAUGUGCAGCUACCUAUAACUGGAAAGAGAAAGUUGGAUGCUACGAGUCCAGGUGAAGGUUCUCGCAUGGAGGGGCUACAAUAGAUGGAUAGCAUCUGCAAGUUUAUGUCUCUGGGGUAAUUAGUAAAGUACGACCGUAAGGGUUUGAUUUUGGUUAGUAUCGUGGGUUGUAGUCAAGAAAUGAUGUCGUUUAUGGAGAUUUGGGUUUGGGAUGGACACAAAACGAGAGCUUUGCAAGUUCGCAACAGCGUUGUCGAUCCUUACAACAAUCUCUGAAGAGUUAUCUUCUCAUGUCAAACGGGAGUUCGGGGGUUUGUUAAGAAAUGACAUAAUGGGCUGUGCCAAUACUGUACAUGUAAGAUUACCAUACCAAGAAAUGCAAAUAGCUCUUUGCAAUCAAUUAUGAUGUUUCUAUCA